CACACACACACACUAGGCCAGAUGUGUAUUUAGGGAUGGGCAAAUGCAAAGUUAGAAUAUGUGACUGGAAGAAAGGGUUUUUAUUACUCUCAUUGUUCUUCAGUCUUGUUGGAGUCACUUUUAAAACCUUUGUGAGCAUGCGCAGAGCAAGGCUGCUUUCUGAACGCAUAGUUGAGUUUUCGUGAAAGAUUCAGCUCAUAUGGUCAUGUUGCACGAGUGGGUGAGGUCUCUCAGUUGCGCAGUUCAUGGGAGUUUGGAGCUGUGAUUUGCAGAGAUCUAGUGUGAACUGAAGCUCUGCAGAGCUCCUCACAGUGGACAAUCAAUUACAAUGCAUAAAAUGCCUCCACUGUACGCGCAAUCCCGAGCAAGAGUCUCCGCCAACACUCUUCAGCGCUGGCGAAACGCGCACGUUUAAAGGGAGAUUACCAUAACAGCAGAAAAGAUGCCCUUCUGCAAGAGGACCAUAGUCCCUAAAGAUGUGUGCAAGAGCGGCGGCAAGAGUCGCGGUGCGAUGCUCACGGAUCUGGUGGAUGUGUGCGGCUUGACUCUGUGCGCGGUGCUCCGGCAGCUGUCGGAUUUAUCCCGUCAGUCGGUGAGCAUCCUGGAGGAGCUGGAGGGAGAGCUCGCCUCCAUCUGCUACCGCUCCGGAGCUCUGGAGAAUAAACUUAUCAGCCUGCAGAAACACAUCUCAGCACUGGCCACCAAGCCGCCGGCCAAAACCGCCACCAACUUGGACUCGGAGAGCAAACGAACGGCCCACUUCCAAUCGUCAUGGCAACAGCAUGUGAAUGUGUUCGGCUCCUGGAGUAGGCCGGAGUGUGUGCAGGAACUGCACCAGGAGGCUCAGCUGAACCUACAGAGUCUGCUGCAAGAUUUUGAGGAGCAGUUGUAUGAUAACAGAGUGACAGGACAUACAUUCAGACAUCCUUCCUCUCAGAGCUCAGAGGACACAUCAGCCACUCUCAGCCGAUCCCCUUCCUCACUCAGCAACAAGAAGACAGAGUUCAUCUUUGUGCCUGCAAAUAAGCAGGUGUGUGUGGAUGCGACCACAACAUUAGGGGUCCGGGCGCAAGACCCGACCCCCUGUGGUUCAGAGAAGUCACUUCUAGGCUGGAAUGCCUCACUGAGUCUACCUGUUGCAGAGAAACCUCGCUGGUACCUGGGCCGACAUACUCCAGCUCACCUUGUACCCAUUGAGAUCACAGGCCAGAGCUUUGAUAAGCACUCCACACAACACAGCGAACUGCGGGCUGCCUUUAGAACUGAUUCAGCGGUCAACCCAAAGACCGUUCGCCGCCCGAGGAGUGUGGUUGCAGGCCCUGAUGUCACGCUGCACUGCCAAGGUGACAGCAAAUUUCUUGCUGUUGAUCUAAUACAAGGUGCCUGUUCCCCUGGAUCCUGUCAACCCAGAUCUUUGGAGCCAACCACCGAGAACACAGGCCAACAGCAUAUUCCCCUUCGGAAGACCCAGAGUGACCUGGAGUACAGUGUCCCCCCAUCCCCAAAGACCCCAUCAGGCAUGAUGGAUCAUGCCACUCUGAUGUGCCCAAGCCCCUCCUGGAAUGGCCCAAAAGGUUCUACUUUCUCUCCUUCCUGGAAUGACUCUUACAACUAUGCCUUAGUUACCAGCCCUGCUUCCAAGCAACCAGUAUCUAAAACUGGAAUGUUAACACCUGGAGAUGAAGGAGGUGGUCUAAUCUGUCCAUCCCAGACCAGUUCAGGCCUUUCCAUGAGCUCAGGGUCACAUUCCAGCUCUUUCACCUCCAUCUUAGAACCAUGUGGACACCGGGUGUACACAGUGUCCACACAGGGGGGUGGUGUUCCUAUAGGGAAACGGAAUGACAUAGAGGGGGCAGUUUCCACUGUAGGCACAGGAAAUAACAAAAGUGAGCAGGAGAAGAGAUCAGCCCGGUCCAGUGUUUUCAGGUUCCGUGAACGUUCACUUUCAACACCAACAGACUCUGGAUCAUUUUGCUCAGCAGAUAAUAUAUGUUCUCCAGGUGAGGCCGUCCCUGUCGUUUCAGAGGUUGAGAGUUAUGCCCUGUUAUAUCCAAGCAACAGCUCAGAGGAUAGCAUGAGCACUGAUAACGUUUCUGUGACCACAGGUUCAGACUUUCUUCUAGAUGGUCGACUGAGGUCACAAUCACGCAGCAUCUCACUAAAGAAAUCUAAGAAAAAACCACCACCUCCAGUACGUAGUGUAUCCCUGAUGAAAAACCUAUCAGAGGUUGGAGGAAUAGGAUCCUACCACAGUGAAGGGCACUUCAGAGAUGGCAGACCCAAAAGUCUCUUUAUCCCCCGAGAUCACCAUAUUCAAUAUUCAUUCCAGCCUGAGUUCCUAAUCGCCAAGCCUGAGGAUGACACAGAUCAAGCCCACAGUAGCUUGGAGACAUCUUCUGAUAUUUCUCAGCCUGCUGACAGGGAAACAGAGCUUGGAUUUUCUCCUCACUGGCAGCUCAAUGAGUGGAAGUCUAACAACGAUCCAUACCGCUCACUGUCGGGUUCAAGUACAGCCACAGGUACCACAGUGAUUGAGUGCAUGAAGGUGCGGGGCAGCUCAGAAUCCCUAAAUUCACCCUCAACCUCACGAGCCACAUCUCCAUCACAGUUCUCAAUUGAGGCUGAGACCAAGGUAUCCCCCUUCAAGCCCCCAUGUCUCAUGUCCCCAUCCAGUGGCUACUCAAGCCAGUCUGAAACUCCAACCCCAACUAUAUCAAACACCUUUAUCACUGGACCUUCUCCAGUUGGCUGCAAGAUGCGCCCAAAGAUUCCAGAGCGUAAAUCUUCUCUCCCAGCUUCUGCAAAGGAUAAAUCACGUUCACGUCUUUCAUUUGAACUACCUGCAAACUCUCAGCUGGAUCUGUCCUCUGUCAAACCCAAGAUGAAAGCCAGCCGACGCCACUCUGACACAUCUACAGCCAACAAACCAGGUAAACUGAGCCCUAGUCAGUCUUCACUGCCUAUGGUUACAACAACAGACUUGCGUAACAUCCGACUUCGUUCAAUAAGCCGCUCAGAACUUGAGGACAGUCCUGAUGGCUCUUCUGACAUUAUAGAGGAAGAGCAAAGUCGAGAUCUAAGCCCUCCUAUUACUCCCUCUAACACAAAACAGUCAAAGCCACCAGUUGCAGUGAAGCCACCUCUGCCUAAACGACCAAUGAACUUGAUGCUUAAAUCUCCCUCAUCCUCCCCUCUGGCACCUGAAUCUCCUCCAUCUUCCCCUGUGGACAGACCCAUGCCUUUGGGUAACAUCUAUAUGGUUGUGAGAAAGCCCAAACCUAAGAGACCAGCUCAGUCAUCACUCAGCACCUCUGCAAUAGCCCCACAAGUGCCACUCCACAGCCAUGUACCUCCUCUCCCUGAGUUUGAUCUGGAGCAUGGGAUUCCUAUUGAAGAAGAUCCUCCAUCCCCAAGUAGCCCAGAAAGUGAGGACAAAUGUAAGACCCUGCCAAGUAGAAUGACAAUAUCCUGUUUAGCAGAAUUAGACAAAAGGAAGCCCAAGGUACCUCCUCCAGUGCCGAAAAAACCCAAUGUUUUUCUUCUGCCCUCUCCAAGCAUUCAGACCAAUGGUGGGGCAGAAAGGCAAACUCUACUGUCCAACAACAUCUCCCAAUCACCUACAGGUCCAUCAGCAUCUAACAUUGAGGGAGAUUUGCUUAAAGAUGAAGAUCAAGAUGAUCCUGCAAAGGAAAAUUUAGAUGGAAACUAUAAAAAUUCUGAAAGUUACGAGACCUCUGGAAAUCACGAGAAUGAUGUGGUAGUUGAAGAGAACAGUUCAAAAUAUUCAGCUUAUCAUCAAAUUACGGAAAGAGUGGCACCUCCAGCAAAGACAGUAACAGAAACUUAUGCAGAAACAGAAAUACUGGAAGAGAACAAUUCUGCUGUUGACAAUACCGAACUAUACAUUACAGAGGAAACAGACGAUGAUGUUUUUGUCCACACACCCACAACUCACACGACUGAGGACCUCUUUACCAUCAUACACAGGUCAAAGAGGAAAGUUCUUGGUCGCAAGGAACCAGUGGAUUCUUUUGGAAGCAGGCAGUGUCUGGUCUCACCUGUGAAAAGCAGUAGCACAGACCUCCGAACUCUAGGCCUUGGGACCACUCCUAGGUCAAGCUCACGAAAUGAGAACUUUAUUGCUCUUCUCCAGAAGAGAAGCAGCAAAGCCAGCAGCGGGACCCGAGUGUCUGCCAUGGAGUUGCUGAAGAGCACAAACCCCUUGGCACGACGAGUCACUGAGUUCUCUCAGUCACAGCCAGAUGGGAGUGCAAUGAGCACACCAAAACCAACUCCACAGGAAGAGUGAUUCCACUUGUAGAGAACCACAUGCUGGAUAUCAGUAUGGCUGGUUUUCUGUUUCACCCCACUUCCCAUCUAAAUGGUUUAAUUUACAAAGACCUCAUGCAGAAGGAAAUUAAGUGAAUUUGAGUUUUUGCUUUCAGACAAGGGGAUCACACUCUGAUGAUGAAAGAUUGUUGUGGAGUAUAGUCAGUAUUAAAGGAAACAGCCCACCACUGAUAUACAACUCUGGCAUAGAAAUCUGCUAUUCUGGAAAUAUGAAUGCAAUGAUGAAACUCUUGAAUGGAAACGGACAUCAAGAAAUAUUUUCAGACUGUUCACUAUUUUAGGAGCCCAGCCUAUAUUUGUGGCCAAAGCCUGCUCUGCCCAUUUCAGUGGUGGACUAGAAAGUGUCUUAGUAGGAUAAUUAUGUUUUAAUAGACUGCACAAACUCGCACAGAGAGAGGAGUGAAUGACAUUCCACAAAGGUUGUAAGAAAGGUCUGGUACCCAUAAAAAGGAAGCACUUUCACCAGUACAGGAACUAGUUUACAAGACAAAAAGCUAUAUUUGUUAUUUUCCAUUGUUUUUUGGUUUUGUUUUAUUUUUUCAAAAAAUAUGAAAGGCCAUAUAUUG